AUGGGUGAUCAAUCCGUUUUGGGGGAGGCGACAAGUGCGAAAAGUGAAGUUUUUCCAGAAGAGCUAGGGAAUGACGAAAAUUUGCCUCCAAACGACGACAUGGUGUUUGAAGAGGUAGAAAAAUCCAGAAAAAAUGAUGGAUAUGAGUUCCUGAUUGCUGAAUCUCGGUUUGAUUUUUGGAUAAAAGCAUUGAUGUUAAGGUAUUGGGUGGAUUUUGGCAACCAAUCAAAAUAUCGAGUAAACUGGCUUAGGAAAACACAUCCACUUGAUGAAAACACAAUUGUUGAAAUCAUUAUUCAUGUUAGUAAUGUUCCAGGCGAUGCUUCUAAUGCUGAUGCUACCGAUAAUCCACCGUUAUUUUCAAUUACAAUAUUGGCGAUCGAGAGAAAGGUUGAAAUCUCCCAGAAGUAUACUCUUGUAUGGAAAAAUACGGAGUUUCCUAAACUAAAAAGUUUAGUAGAUAGGCUUCAAGUUAAUAACGAACUAGAUGCUGAUACGAUUAGAGAUGACUAUGCUGAUAUUUUCCAAGAGUCAGAAGAUGCCGAAAGUUUAAAUUUAUCAUCGCUGGAUCUUUCGGAAAUCUUAUGGGACGUUUCACUUUUGUCCACCAACGAGAAUACGACAAAGAGUGAUCAACCAAAGGAUAAAUCUAUUAAAGUCAAAUCCAAAGUUAAAGGGUCAAAUAAAGUACGUGUAAAACUAUUAUCAAGCCCAGUUUGUAAAAAGAAUACAUCGAAGACAAAGGUGCCCGCAACACCAUCAGCAAAGGUCGCUAAACAACAAAUCAUUAACAUAAAUAAUAUACAACAAUGUGCGCAACGUGUGUCAAAUCUCGAAAAAGUUGUUGCACGUAUCGAUAAGGAGGCGGUGAACUCCGACGCCAAAUUAAGUGCUCUUAGCGAUACCCUUUUUCAAAGUUUGGCAAAUAGAGUCCAAAAUGAAAUGUCAAUUCUGAGGAAAGCUUUCGACGAAAAAGUUUUGCAAUACGGUGAACGUACUAAUAAAGCCGAAUUGGAAGUAAAAAAAUUGAAAGGACGGCUUGGAUCGCUGGUUGAAGAGAAGAAUCAAUUGGAAAAGUCAAAUAAAUCAUUAUCAGACCAAGUCGAAGAAUUACAAAAUAAUACAAAAGAUGAUGCAGUGCAGAGAGAAUCGGGACGUGCCGUUCAGAACGAGCUAAGCGCCAAUGUAACGGACAGAAAUGAACCCGAAGUCCUAAUAACUAAAGAAGAAAGUGGUUCCAUACCAACUAAAAAAGCCGAUCCUUCAGAAAGCGGUGAUUCCAACGAGCAAACUGUUGAGAACCAAGGAGGAAAAAAGAUGAUUGAUCAAGGAAGCCCGGAAGAGUACGAUUUUGUCUUUCUAUGUGAUUCCAACAGAAAAUUCAUCAACACACAAUUGUUAUGUCCUAACAGAACGGUAAAAAUCAUCCCCUGUGGUACUUCCAGUCAAGCAAUUAAAAUUAUGUCUUCACCACGUUUCCAGGUAAACGAAGCGCUUAUAAUAAAUACAGGUGUUAAUGAUGUUGAACACUUAACGUUAGAUGAGGUUAUUCAGAAGCAGUUAGAGAUGAUAGAUACAGCUAGAAAGGCAUUUCCGGGAAAAAAGAUCAUUGUUUCGAGUGUUACUCCACGAGAUGACGAUUUCGAUGAAGACAUUCGGGCAAUAAACCGAGCAAUCCAAAGCGAAAUUUUAAAUUUCAAUGAUGUCAUUUACGCGAACAAUGAUAACCUACGAGACAGAGCCCUGUAUUUUGACCGUAAGCACUUAAAUAGAAAUCGGGGUGUUCGUAAGUUUGCAGCGAACAUAAAAAAAGCAAUUAGAAUGGCAAGCGGCGUUGUGGACAACAAGCCACGCUACCCAUCCUAUCAUAGUGGUGAUCCGCAUCCGAUCCGACCUGACGAUCGUGCUCCAUACCCUCACCCUCGUUAUUCACCCUACCACAGUGAUGAUCCGCAUCCGAUUCGACCCGAGGAUCGUGUUCCAUACCCUCAACACCGUUAUGGAAGCUCCGUAAAUCCCCUACUAAGACCAGAAGAUAUGCGGAGAAAACAGGAUAGUAUUGCUACACAGCCUAUCGAAGUCAGCAAAGAACACGAAACAAAGAAGGAAAAUGGAAUCAAUGAUGUCUUUUCCCAGCUAAGUACAUUAAAUAAAUUAGUUAAUGUUUUAGUGUCAAGUAACUUGCAGCGAUGUAGCAUGAUGUAUCCACAGUCUACAGCUUCUCCAUCUUUUUUUCCACGAUAUAGUUCGGCUGUUAGUCAGACUUCCAUACCUUAG